UUUCUUUCUUUAUUUCUUCCUUCACUAUCACUGUCUAUUUUCUUCUGUUCAGAUCUCUCUCUCUUGUCUUUUUCUUUUUCCAUAUAAAAGAAACAAGACCAAACAAUUUUUUUCCCAAAAUCGCUACAACUUUAUCAACUGUACACAUGUCUGUUGUUCGUAGGAGUGUGUUGAACCCGCAUGCACCCGAAUAUAUCCCUAUUGCCACUCCGCCACCGCCUGUGCUGCUUCCUCCACCUCCUACUGUAGAUUUGCUGCCUCGGGAGAAUGUGCGACCACCAUCGGUGACACGUCCGGGUCCGAAUAUCCCUCCUAGGUUGAGAAAUGAUUAUAUCGCUAGACGAGGAGGAGGAGGAGGGCAAGGCUUUUCUCGAUCGAGUAAAGGAAAAAGAGGUGGGUUUGGAAGAGGAAAUUGUUCAAGUGAGGGACGUUUAGUUUGGCGGAGAACAGUGGAAAAUGAUCAGAGACAAGGUGUUUUUUAUGACAAGUGGUCGAGAAACGAUGGGCUGAAGAAACACGAUGUGAUACCUAUAAGUUGGACACAUAAAAACAGUACUACUGUCAUGAUCAAGAAUGUCCCAUAUCACUACAACCGUGAAAUGUUGAUGAAAUUUCUUGACCAGCACUGCUUACUGGAGAAUCAAAAGGCGAAAGAUUCAAAUGGAGAAAAUACUGUCUUCGCAUAUGAUUUCUUGUAUUUGCCUAUGGAUUUCAAAAAAGAGAGAAGCAAAGGCUAUGCAUUUGUGAAUUUCACCGAUCACAGAACAGUGUGGAAUUUUUUUUGCGUUUUUAAUGACAAACUAAACGUGUUUCCGGGGUCAGCAAGGAGUGUUAAGAUUGUCAAUGCGAAGAUCCAGGGAAAAGAAGCUUUAGUGAACCGAUUCAAGCAAACAAGAUUUGAUUGUGAAUCAGAAGGAUUUCUGCCAGUUUGGUUUAGUCCUCCAAGAGAUGGUUAUGGGAAAUCGGUGCAAAUGAUUACUGUGGGGCAAUACAAAGUCACCCCAUCUUGUUCAUAUUUACUCAAGAAACCCCAACUUUAG